AAAACCUCCUUCAGCAAUUACGUGGUAGUAUGCUAAGUAUGUUCAACCUCGAUAAACUUUUAGGGCGGGACAGAGGCCAGCUGGGGUGGAGAUGCCUGAGGUGGUACACGAGGAUAGAUAGAUAGAUAGAUAGAUAGAUAUAGAUAGCAGGGUCUGUGGGUGCUGCUGGAGCAACUGGUGGCUGGUCUUGCGUAAUAAAUGUAGCCAUUUGUAAAAUUGAUCAUUAACACGUGAGUAAAGCCAGUGUUAUGCGCUGAUCUGUGUACACAUCAGAUUUCUCAAAGUGUGUCUUUCUGUUCCUGUGUUUUGCCUACUCCUGGUGCGUUUCAGAAACCAAGUAACAAAGAUAAUAGCUGAAGCAGAACGUGCUUUUAAGUUGGUAUCAAAUUCAGCCCAAGUCUCGAGGCAGAAAACUGUCUCUAAGCUGAUGUAAGAACUAAGGAAAAUCAAAGGACUUGGUGGGUUUCCCCUUUCACCAGAAAUGACCUCAUAUAAUAUCCCCUUAUUGGUGCAAAACAGGAAAGGGCAGAACUAGACACAGACACAGUCCCUGCUGCUCACAGAGCUGCUUCCAGCAUACCAGAGCUGAGGAAUCUACCAGGAGGAAGGAUGGAUGCUGGUGGCACCACAGCUUGUCUCACAGAUGGCAAAGGAAUAACCUGCCAUCAGGGUGUCUCUCUCUGUAUUCCUGCCAAAAGCACAGAUGACAUUCCCCAGUUCGUUUUAACGUGAGCUCUGCUUGAAAUUUUCUGUUCCUCUCAUCAUCUGCACUGCUGUAGCCUACUUCAGUAAGGAAGCUGAGCUACUCUGAGUGUCAGAACUGCUGCUGGUUUUGUAUUAAAGGUGGGAGAAGGAAGUGCUUUUGAGCUUUCACACAGAAAACGAUGCACUGGCACACCGCCAUUCACUGUGCUUGGUGUUUAUGUGCAGUGGCGUAAAUGAGCCUUCAAAAACACAGGUCAACUCCAUCAUCACAAAACACAAAUCAUCAUUUAAUUGCAGUGGUGAAUCACCUACUCAUAAAACCCCCCAGAUUAAAUUGUGAGCACUGAGAGAGCUCAAGAUCUGCGUUAAGACACACUGGGAACUCAUUGCAAUCCUGCUGGAUAAACGUGACAAACAUCUGCACUGUAUGAAACCAGUUAAAUGGCUGCUCACAUGUUUUGCUGGAACUCUCUUCAUCAUGAGCUCCUUUGAAGACGCCGAGACGGAAGAGACGGUGCCGUGCCUCCACAUGACCUUUUACCACCCUUGCCAAGGGGAGAAGAUGAUGUUCCGCUGCCUGAACUUCUGCAGGCGGGAGCAGGUCAGGGCGGACGAAGCGGCCAAGUUCGGCCGCGAUUCCAGCGUCUGCCGCUACAGCCUGAUGGACGCUCGUGUCUCCCGCAUCCAGUUCUCCCUGCAGUUCUACAGGAAGCUCCACAGCUCGGAAUGCUGCUUCGAGAUCAAGAACCUGAGCAAGAGGGCAAAGCUGACGGUGAACCAGACGGAACUGGGUUACCUGAACAAAAUCGACCUGCCCUGGAGGUGCGUCAUCUGUUUUGGGGACUACCAGAUCUUGGCAGAGAUCCAGGAAGGGGAGUCCGUGGAUUAUUUUGAGACUCACCUGCACUUGGCCGAAGCGCCAAUCUUACAGGAGAGAUCCCUGCCAUCCCUGCCAUCCCUGCAGCCGGUACCCGAGAGCGGCAUUUCUUCUUCCGUUUUUCUUUGCCAAGACAAAAGCCCCACAGAGAUGGAUGAAAACGAGCCGUGCUAGCAGGGAGGAGGAGGCUGGAUCAGAUUUUGCACCCUGCACAGCUUCCAGCAUGGAAGGCUGUCACCUCAGUCCAGUAUUCCUGGUGGUUCUCACCCCUGCACAUCAGCCCUUCUUACUUGGUGUUUUCAGCAUGGGCAUUCCAGAACAUAACUUUGUUCCAGACAAGAACAGAUUCCUGGCACUGCCUUCACAGGGCCAUAAGUGCUCUCUGAUCACCAGUUUGCCUGUGGGAGACAGGGGGCCCCUCAAAUCCAGGGCAGCAGGUUCCAUUCCAGAACUGUGACCACGUGCCUUGAAGGGAUGUUUAACAGGCAUUUUUAUUAACACAGAGCGUGCACAACGUGGUUUUGGUCCCAGCUAAGGAGGGACAUAAUUCCUCACUGCAUUUGUUGUACUUUGCUUUUGACAUGGAAUUCCAAAAAGUAUUUGCAAGCCUAGGUUGUAACUUCAUGAAUUUUGCAACCUAGAAACGUUUUGUGAGCAAAGUCCUUUUGAGUUUAUGUUUUUGUUAACUUCGCAGCAAGAUUUUUUUCCUCUCUUGUUUUUUAAAAUGAAAUCAAAUCUGUAUUUUUUGCAAGUUAACUGCUUUUGCUUGUGAUGUAAACAAACAUGCAGCGACAGUGAUCACAGUACAUAAAAACCCAGGUAAAUUUCUUAAUAAAAAGCAUUUGGUUGCCUAGUAA